CAACCAACGCCCAUCCCGCUCGCUUGUCAAACAUCAAACGAAACGAAAACGAAAGAAAGAACACGAUUCGAGUUGAUUCGAGUAGCAAGACGAGUGAUCGUAUUGUUUUGUUUCUAUUAAUUUUAACUUAAUUCUGAAUAUUUGAAGUAAUACUGAGCCAAAAGUGUUAUUUUUUGUUAAAUUCACUGUGUAAUAAUUGCAUUAUUGUUUUUCUGACACAAUGAAGAAUAGAAGCUUAGCAGGCAACUGUGGCAUUGGUGUGUUCGUCAUCGCCCUUGUCACAGUGACAUUGGCGUUCGGCACGCCCAGCUGGCUGGUCAGCGACUCAAGAAUAAGAGGCGCUAGAUUGGACAGAUUGGGGUUAUGGAGCCAUUGCUUUAGAUCUCUGCCGGACCCAUUAGACCAGUACCAGAGACGGUUCUUCGUGGGAUGCCGUUGGGUUUACGACCCGUUCACCACUGGUUACGACAGGAUUCGAGGCUAUUUACUUCCAGGAUUUAUGAUAGCGACACAGUUCUUUUUCACGCUCUGCCUCCUCGGAGUAUUGAUUUCAACGAUCUUAGUGCUCAUUUUCUUCCUUUGCUGCUCUCCCGAUCAGAACAGAUUCGUUGUGCUAAUUAAAAGCAUUGGCUAUAUUAUGCUGGGCUCGGGUGUCUGUGGCGUUAUAGCUGUUAUAGUCUUCGCAUGUUUCGGAAACACUGAUGGGUGGAUGCCAGAUCAUCCAAAUAAUUACUUAGGGUGGUCAUUCGGACUUGGUGUUGUGGGAGCAAUAGCCUGCAUCGUGACCGCUUCUCUCUUCCUAACAGAGGCCAACAUUCAGUUUAAAAAACGCAACAAACUAAAAGAAUCUCAGGCUCGAUUCGAACUGGAAUAUGAAUCUAAGGCGUAAUGAUUUCCGUAUAAAAAUCCGUCUACCCACUAGCGUUAAUCCAUACUUGAAUGCAGUCUGCAUCAUUAAAGAUAUCCACAUAAAGGCGCAUUGAAAUAUUUUAUUAUUUGGAGUAAAGGCAGCUAUUUGACCCGAAUCUCAUUUGAUAUUAAUCUAGAGUGAUAUAAACAUGCCUAUUCACUUUUGCCAUGAAAAGGCACAGGUCACUAUUUGCCUAUGUAUUUUAACUGAAAAAUAUUUUGAACAGUAUUAUGGUAGGUGAAGUCUUGGAUUAAACGUUAAGAGGUAAGAAAGGAGCUAUUAAUGACAAAAACAAACGAAGAUCUUUAUUUAGAUAAUGACACAAAAUGAUGGCCUUUUGAUUAAAAUAACACUGCCUUAUAAGGGUGCCGUAAGGUUUAAAAAAUAAAAAUAUUUAGUAAGGUUACUUAUGUAAUACUUACUUUGAAUGUAUAUACUUAAAGAAAACAAGAAUAUAUACAAGAUAUUAUUGUUAAAUGACAUAAAUUACCUUUACAAAUAAGAUAAGAUUUAUUAAUGAGUCCCUGUUUUGUGAAUUUGCCAUUAAACAUUGUUGGCAUGGCAUAUUACUUACUUUUAUCUACCUACUAGGUAGUAUGUAAUUUAUUUGCGAAAUCAGAAACAGGUGUUGUCAAUUAACUUUAAAACGAAAUGAUUCUUAUUAUUACGUAGUGUACUGUUAUAACUUUAUUUGAAAUUACACAUCACAAUAUUUUUUACUAAUAAUAUUACGACUAAAGAAUCGAGAAUUGAUAUUUAGGAUAGUAUCAUGUACAAUAUACCAAUCGAAUACUUGGUAAUUUUUAGUUUAUGCCUUUUAUGUGUACCUACUUUUAAUUAACUAAAUAUUAUUAGAUAAUCCAUGAUAACAGAGACUGCAAAUGUUAUUAUUGUGUAAAAUAUGUAUUAGUAAGUACUGUUAAUUAACGCUAUACAUAUUCAGUAAAACUGGUUUUAUAUACACUGACAUCUAGAUAUUUUAGAGACUAAUAUACCAACGAAUAAAAUAGUUUAGCACGUUUUUAGUUAGAGAUUUUAUGACUGCACAAAAUAUUCUUUAAAUCUGUGCUUAAGUGUAGCCUUUAGAUUUAUUUUAUACAAGGGCUUGUGUAUAAAGGCUUCUCCUUAACGUGCAGACUGGAAUUUAAAGAACACGAAAAAUCACAAGUAACAAAACAUUCUUUUCCACUUAUUAUUAUUUUUAAAUUCUGUAUUUGUAGUAUUAAAAAUAAAUAUUCUUACGUUUAGAAACAUUGUAUUUGGAACAGAUAAACUUAAGUACCUUCUUUAUAUCCGUCCAUUGUUUAUUUUAAGGUAUAAAUUUUAUUGUAACGCUAAUAAAAUGUAUGUUAUUUUGUAACACUUAACAGGUCUAAAAAAAAAGAUACCAGAGCCUGGUUGAGGGUGUAAGAAGUUGAAAAAUGUAAUCUCUGAAUUGAUAUGAUCUGACUCGUUUUGCCUUAGUAAGCUGCACUAUUCCUAUUACUCAGGCCUCUUUUUAUUCCUGUUCCUGGGGAAAUCGCGAUGAUUAUAUUAUUGAUGUAACGAAACUUAAUGAGAAGAACCGUAAGCAAUGGCAACUUAUUUUAUAAUAUCACAUUCUGCCUUAGUAGUUACUGUCCAUAGAUAUAAUUGAAUUAUAAAUUUUGUAUUGUAUUUUACGUAAGCUUUAUAAUUCCCGUCCAUUUUUUAUUUUAUAUUAUAAAUAAAUUCUGUAAUAAAAUAUGUAAGAAA